AUGGCGUCCCCAUUUUACGUUCCUGUCUCUCUGGACCAUACAGCUCUUCUUCUCUCAGAUGUCCAAUCUCAAAUACUCAGACGCUUCUCCCAGCAAGAGCAGGCCGCUUAUCUUGGCAAAGUCCAGAAGCUUCUGAACUUCUUCCGCUCAGAAAUUAAAUCUCGGCGUGCCUCAACCGAGUCGAACAACUCGCAGUCGCUCUACGAUGAUGUACCUCUGAUCAUCCACCAUACACUUCCCUUCAACAUCAACUCAAACGCAUUUGUGUCGCCUUACAACAAGCUCGCAAGCUGGGUAUCCAAGCUCGAAGCAAGCGGUGCAUUCACCAAUGCGCCUUCUGAUCCCCAUCGUCCUCACUAUGGUGUUCCGGCCGAGCUAGUACCUCCCGGGGGCUGGGGUGGAAAGGAUGAGAUCCUACUCGGUAAAAUACAGCCAAACUGUUUUGGGUCCUCAGACCUAUUGGCUUAUCUACGGGCGCGCGGGAUUAGGCAUGUUGUGCUGGUUGGGUUGACGACCAUGGGAAGCAUUCUGAGCAGUGCAAGGGCUGGUGCGGAGUUGGACUUUCAUGUUAUCUGCGUUGAGGAUGGGAUUAUCGAUGAUGACCCUGACGUUCAUGAGUUCAUUAUGAAACGUAUCUUACCUAAGUUCGUAGACGUUGUCACGGCCAAGGAUAUCCUGAGUCUUAAAAAUGCAAAGUUGAGUGGCUAA